CGGCGCGCUAGUGCCCCUGCCAAGCGCGUCGCAACCGAUCGUGUUGUACGCGCAUGUCCCAAACAGCAAAGCCCGUCAGCGCGCUCUAAACACAAACCAAGUCUGUCAGUCCUACUUCAUAACCGGUUUCAAAUCUUGUGAUACCAAAAGUGACACACACUUAUGUUGUGAUUUCUUCGUGCUGAGUGUAUAAUCUGGCUAUGCUACAUAACGAAGUGUAUUUAGCAAUUUGUGGGAAGUGAUUUUGAAUAACUGUCUUCAAGGUGCGAUGAUUUGUGUGACAAAAACCAAUGAUAUUGGAUUGCCUGUGGAUUUAAUUAAACUUGGAUGCAGAGGAAGAUGGCGUACGUAGAAAGGAGGAGAAAUUAAACCAAGAUGGCCGUCGCCCGCGCGGUUCUGGUGUUCUUAGUGUCCACGGCGCAAGCAUGGAUGCCGGAUACCAAUGCACGGAUACACGUGAAAUUCGAUGCUGAAGCACCAGAUGUGUUCCUCGGCCACGCUUACAACUCCACAGAAGAACGUUACUUAAGAAUUUUAGACAAAGACGAUUUUUCUCUUAUAGUCGGUGGCAGGAACACGGUCUACAACCUCAGCCUCUACGACUUGUCAGAGAAUGUAGAUCAGAGAAUAGAAUGGCAGUCAACAGUCGCACACAGGGAAUUGUGCCAGCUGAAAGGCAAAUCCUCAGACGAGUGUCAAAACUACCCUCGCGUAGCAGCGCGAUCACACGGAAGCAUACUGGUGUGUGGGACCAACGCGUACAAACCUCUAUGCAGACGGUAUUCACGACCGCAACCUAAAACACACUUAGAGGAAUUCGACGGCACCGGCCACUGCCCAUACGACCCUACACACAAUUCCACGGCUGUAUUUGUUGGUAAGUACUAUUAUUGCGCUAGAUUUGACCUUUUAACUUAACAAAUUCCUGGGUUC